CCCGUUUGACAGUCGCCUGACAGGUCAUUGAUUGGGUUCGCACACGACUGAGCUCAUGGCAAUUAGCCGGGGUCGGUCUGGAUGAUCAUGUAACAACCUCGCUUCCAGUCCGGUCCAUUGGACCCCGAUGUUGUUCAUUAAAGGUCGACACUUCCGGCCUCGUAUCGGGCCAUCUUCGAACACAUCCGCAACAUCAACAGAUUUACGACAGUGAUGCUUUUGAAACCAUCUCGUCAGAGGCUGUUCGGGAUGCCUGUAUCUGCCUCGCAAGAUUUUCCACUUGCCACCCUCCCUCAUAAUGGAUUCAAAAGCGUUGCGAGCCGUGGUCGCACGGCAGCUCAACAGAGCACCCACGGAUAAUUGCGGAUGGGCAGCCAACAGCGACUCCAAUGAGCCCUGUGCCGUGAAGUUUUGCGGCCUCGAUCACUCUUAUGCCUGCAGCAAUCUGGUCUUCUUUCUCCGGGACGCUUGCGACUACUGCAUGAAUCCCGAAUCCCCACCUUUAACUUGGCAGGAAUAUGCACUGGAAUACCAUUGCGAUCCUUCAACACCUUCACCCAUUCGCACCGACCUUCCAUCCGCAUCUCAAUCCAACGUUGUUCCAUCGUGGGCAUUGGCUAUGGCUGCGGCGACGCCUUUCCCUACCACUUUUAACAUUCAAGCAGCCCAAAACCUGGCCAGUUUUUGUAUUCCAACAUCAGGAACUCUACCAUCUGCUCCGGGCAUGUCAUCCACGUCAAGUUUAGCCUCAUCCGCCUCAUCCACUUUCUCGGCCAUGUCCUCAACUGAAGCAUCAUCCUCGCCGACCAAUCUGACUCCGCACAAGGGGGCAUCUGUCCCGUCCGGCAUCAAUGCUGGAGCCAUCGCAGGCGGGGUCAUUGGUGCUAUGCUGUUCGUACUGGUGACUGGUGUCGUUUUCUGGGUUGUCUAUCGACGGCGGAAACGAUCACGCAUGGCUCCUUCCGCUGUAUACAAGGCCGCCCUGCGCGCUGGAACCCCGAACUACCACCAUGUCAUGACGAGUGCGGAUCCCUUCGAGGACUCGCCCAGAAAUUCGACGGAUGCCUAGCCUUUGUGAUUUUCGACACCGGAAGUCAAUCAGCCCGACUCUCGCUCCGUUGAACACCUUGAAACGUCUCGAGUUCCCGAUAUACAUAUUUCGCUUGUUGAUUCUCGGACAAGAUCCUACGGACCUCUGUGUAAAACCAAGGCAACCGGCGCGAGGCACGGACAGAUCAGCAUGACUCCCUCUCUAUCGGCGACAGUCGCGUCAUGAGGGGACAUCUCCCAUCUGGAUCGUCUGUUCCCGAAGCGCGGGUGACUCUGGAAUGCUCGAACUGACGGUUGACACGCUCGGGCUAACGCCCAACAACUCGCAUCUUCCAAACUAUGAACGCUCACGACGGAGAAUGCCAUGAACAUGCACCCGGGCUCCGGGCCUGAACCCGGAUCUCGGUUCCUUCGAUCUUGUGGUGGAACGGGCCAUGUUGU